UUGAAAUUAGAGUUUGAAUCUGUCGCUGGCGUCACCAUGGCCCGGGACACAUCAAGCCACGUCGGACAACAUCGGACCGUCGGUCAGGCAACUUGGUUUAUUGUGUUCCACGCGUCGGUUUGACGUGUUCAAAUAAACAAAUUGACCCCGACGAAAGCAGACGUGCCGUUGCUAGGCUGAGAAUGCGUUGACACGCAACGGCACGUCUGCUUUCGUCGCUGCUAGUUCUUUGCCAUCGGUUUGUUGUGUCCCGGGCUUUCACCGUCUGCACAACUGCCGCUGAGGAAACACACUCCAAACAACAACGGCGGUCCAUUUAAGAGUCGUUUUAGAAGAACACAACAUUCAAAAGCCGAAACUUCCAACAGGAAUUCCAAAUACAGUGGAAGAUCUUGUUUCCAUAGUUACUGAAACUUUUCAAUUGCAUGGGGAAAUUGGACUACUAUACCAAGACAAACACUUUGACAAUGAGUUUUUCAGUGUCACCUCAACUGCUGACUUGUAUGACAAGGCCACUGUCAAAGUGAUCCUAAAAGAGCCGACAAUAACCCUUGACCUACACCCAGUACUUGAAUCAUCUACAUUGAGUUCAGUGAGCACCUAUCCUGCAAGUACUACUGAAACGGACAUCUGCCCCGCAGAUCAUGAUGCAUCCUCAGAGGUGUCAAACUACGCAUCGUCAAGUUCCAGUGACACCAUUAUUCUCCCCGAUUCAUGUCCGCUCUGCUGCAUGGCCAGUGCCAUUCCAAUUACCGGAGUUUUCCCGAGACCUAGAACUCAUCCUCGCAGAGGCAAACAACUCCUAUGAUGCCACUGGAAGACACUUCAUGGAUGCCAGUGUUAAAUCAGCAAUAAUGCAAGAGCUUGCAAAAGUAAUUUUUUCUUACACUGCUUACCCAACCAAUCAGCAAAUCCUCUCAGUGGCUGAAGCCUUGGUUUCUAAGUUUCCGUGUCUUAGGAAGCCGGGAUCAUUUGCAGGCUUAUAUGGCUGGCAGCAGCGCAUAAAAAACAAGAUGCACAAUUACCGUGCCAAGCUAAGAUCUCGAAAAUAUUCUUACCCGGAAAUUGAAAUCAACACCUUAAAAAGGAAGCAUCCAGGUGAUGCAGUGCCUUCGAAAAAUAUAAAAAAGCCCAAAAAAGCAGAGGUUAAUUACCUCCCUCCGCACCCUACUGGUGAAAGCCAAGAGACUCUGGAGAAAGAGAGGCUUGAAUUAAUUUUUGAAAUUACAAAGAAAAACAAUGCAAAGAUAAUUGCAGAUAAAAUGAAUAAAACCUUCUCUAGCCGAAGAGUUGAAGUGGUCAGCCUCAGCCCCUCUGUGGGUGUGUUUAAAGAAAGGUGGCCAGCAUUAUUCACUGAGGCUCAGAUCAAGGAGGAGUUUAGACGCAUCACAACAGUUUCCUUGGAGGAGACAUUCAUGCGGAAGCUCGAUGAGUACACACCAGGUCUAAUGCGUGCCAAAGGAGGAGCAGCUGGUUGCAAGAUGCGUCCUCUGCUGGACACUUUAAAUGACAUUUUUGAGCCAACCCAGCAUUUAUCAGGCGAAGGGGCAGGGUUCACUCUGGACAGACACAGAACAUUGAGAAAAAAAAGAGAUGCUGUUGUCUGCUGCCUCAUUAACUACCUCGGUGAAAGACAAGAAGAUCUUUUCCAUGACUGCCAGCCAAAAGGCCUGGCCCCCAUCUUGGGAACCGCAGGAGAACAUGGGAAUGACUGUAUCAUAAAGGAAAGUCUGCUAAAAAUACUGUUGUCACAUUGAUGGUGCAAAGAAACAAAUGUUGUGUCUCUUAAACUGGGCCAUGUGGACAACAAUAAAGUUGUAUUGCACAGAAUUGAUUACAAUCUAAUGAAAUAGUAUUUGUUUUAUAAAUCUGUUUCAUUAUUUGUUCAUUAGGGCUGGGUGUUGGGAAGGACCUCAUCACAUCCAAUAUUUCCAUUAUCCAAAAGACCAAUCGUUGUAUUGUACAGUUUGCCUUUUCACUUCCUUCCACCAGAGAAACUAGUCUGCAUUGUCUGGCACUUCCUAUCAGCAUUUCACAAUAAAAGUUCUGUUGCGGGUUUUCUUGUUGUUUCUCCUUCUCUGAAAACAUGGAAUUGACAUUUUUACUAGAGUACUUGAGGGUGUAUAAAUAUCUCUCAUUUUGUCCUAUGACAAAGUUUCAUUUUCACCUCAUUCUGGCCCCAUAUAUUCAAGCUCGUUAAUAAAGCACAAGCACGCCUGUAUGUACAAUAGUAACCCCAAAAACUAUAAAAUACCAAAAUAAUAGAACUUUACACACAAAAAGAUAUCCCCCUAUAUUCAUAUUGAGCAAAACGUAUGAAAUAAGACUUAUUUUUAGCUUUUACUGUCUUUUAACAUAAUACAUUCACAUUUAUGGGAACAGGUAUGUGCAAUAUACACAAUAAAGGAUAAAACUUUGUGAAAAAUAUAUGUAAUGCUAUUUUUGUUUUCAUUUAUAAAUAUUUAAUAUGUAUCAAUAUAUAACCAUACAUGGUCAACGCAUAUAUUGCAGUAUAUUGAUAAAUAUAAGCACUAGUUUCGCAUAUGUAUAUAUGAAAGGUAUUAUGCAAUAUAUUAUAUUUUGCAGUAUAUUCCCAGAUAUUUUUUGUUCCGUAGGAGUAACCUUUUUAAUCCUUGUAGUACAAGGUAUAUAGCCAGCUUUGGUGUUAAGAAUAACCUUACAGUUGCAUUUUGUUUUCAUAAUCUUCGUUCAGUGAAUGCAUUAUCUUUAGUUGUAUCUUUAGUUCGUUGCUAUGGUGGUUGCUAUUGAUGUUGCUAUCGCUGAAACCACGUAGCUUGCAUUACGUACUUCUGCCCAGAAGUAUUUUCUUCACAGACACCCGCUUUUUCUUUUUUUUUCUUUUUUUAAUCUUUAUUGACUUUCUAUUAAACCAAUGAACAUUUUUACAGCACAUAUUGGACCAAAUGUAUACAGACACCCGCUUUUUAAAUGAUAUCUUCAACAUCUCUCCACAGAAAAACAAAUUGAUAACUCAACAAUACGUUAUGUUCAUGUUAAGGCUAUCACCUUUAAUAAUUUCUCCUUGGAAAAUGAGAAAACAUUUUUUACCAGUUUUUGGUAGCAUACGGUUACGGAAGUGCUUUGUGUUGUGGGCGGAGUUUGCGCGUUGUACUCCUGUUUUGGCUAAAAUAUCUGAAAUAAACCAACAUAUCUACUUUUUGUUAACAUAGAUCAUCUAGAUGCAGUGCAAUUACUAGUUUGGCUGAACUAGAUAUUUAAUAUAUCCAGUAGAUUAUCUUUUUACAACCCUAUUGUACAACCCUACUUUGCA